UCCAGCAGAAAUAAGAAUUUCACUUGUCCUCUUGACAACAAGUUAUGUUCAAGGGAUAAAGAGACAUUUCCUGACCGGGACUUUGAACGCAAAGUAUCAUGUCUCAAAGUGAAAUGUGGUCGAUUUAGAGAAGGAUGUGAAUGGUCUGGACAACUCAACCAACUCAAGACUCACAUGUCAAGUGGAGGUUGUGAGUUUGAGUCAGUGCAAUGUCCAUAUGCUGAAGCAGGCUGCACUCACAAGUUGAAGAGCAAGGAAUUACAAGAACACAAACGAGCAAAUACCAGUGAACACAUGGAUCUUCUUCUUCAGAAAGUGUCUGAUUUGAAGAUAGAGAACGAGGAUCUUAAACGUCAAUUGCGUGCCACUACAGGACAAGUUUGCACUUUUUUCUGGAGAAUCAAGAACUGGCCAAAUGUUCUACAAGAUGCAAAGAAUCAUAAAUGUGAAAUGAUCUACAGUGAAAGUUUCUACACAGGAUAUCCAGGAUACAAACUACGUCUAGUGUUUAAGCCAAACAACACCGGAGGAAGUCAUGAGUUUUAUGUUGGCGUUUACUUGCAAGUGAUGAAGGGAGAAUAUGAUGAUCUAUUAGAAUGGCCAUUUCCACUGAAGUUCAACCUGUCCAUAGUUGAUCAACAACCAAAUUCAACAGCUGCCAACAUAACACAUAUUGUUGACGCAUCUGUAUGGCAUGCCAACACCACAACUGUUGAAUUAGCACUAAAAAAGCCAACUGCUGAAACUAACGAGAAGGGUUUUGGUUGUCCACAGUUUACCACACAUCAUUCCCUUCAGACCAGAAAGUAUAUUCGCACUGAAGACAAAUCCCUUCUCAUCAAAGCUGAAGUGUAUAGAAGUUAGUUACAGCCAAUUAACAUGCUUACUAUAGCACAACGUCUAUAGUUCAAUUAAGCCACUGCAUUUUAAUAGUUAGCAACAUGCAGUUAGAGUACUAGAUAUUAUGCGUGUUCAUAUCAUAAUCAAACUAUUAUCUGUCGUUUUGUUUCAUUAAUUAUUAUAUUGAUGUCUUAUGAUUGAACUGAAUAGACUUGCUUUAGUGAUUUGUUUCUCUCUAACAAAUCAAAUUAACAUAUCGAAA